AUGGCGUCGCCUGGACAGGGUCCGCCCUCAGAGGCGGGUACACCGCGUCCUGAUGGGCAGUCUGAUGCCAGCACACCAGCUCCCAACCCAGCACACCUGGUGUCGAGUCCCCUAUUCUUCCAGUCCUCUCCAGCAGCAGAUGGCGCAGGCAUUGUUUCCUCGCCUUUGAGGCAGAUGAGCAACAGCCAGAGCACACUACGACAUGGCAUGCCUCCUAGCUCUCCCCUGAGGCAGAUGACGGAGUCUCAAGAUGACUCUCAGCGGACACCUAGAGCUAGUGCCAUGAUGAUGGGAGAUUCAUCCCCAAUUCGAUAUGAUCCCAGUUCUAGUCCUGGACGAUCAUUGCGAGCAAUUCAGUCAGAUCUUCGAAGUGAUCUACGAAGUGAAAGCAGUGGCCUCUUCUUGGGAUCCCAACGAAGCGCAAAUAAAUACAGCCGAGGUGAUAUCAACUCCGAGUUCGUCGGAACACCUCGCAUGCCCCCUCGCCGGCUUGUUCUCGCUGAAGACGGUCGUGUGGUCCAGGAGACGGGAGUCCCCGGCUCUGACGCUGCCUCCUUCGCAAAUCGGGACGUGACUACGUCUGAGGCUGAUCAUCUUGGUGGUUCUGACACAGCUCUCGUGUGGGGUACGACCAUCUCCCUGGCCGACGGUCUGCAGUCGUUCCGUGAUUUUCUGCGCAACUUCACCUUCAAGUAUCGCAUGUAUGGGGAUGGUUUCACUGAUGAGGAGGUUCGGGAAUCUCCAAUGGCUGAAACCAAGAUUCAUUGGGAGACCUUGGAGAACAUGCUUCUCCUGGGUGAAUCUCGCUUCUACCUCAACAUUAAGGACUUGAAUCUGUACCCUCCUACAAAGAAGAUGUGGCACCAGGUUCAAGCCUACCCCCAUGAGAUCAUUCCUAUCAUGGAUCAGGCACUGAAGGACUGCAUGAUGGAAGUCGCACAUUCUGAGGAUCAGAGGAACCGACCAUCACAGAGCAGCGCAGGACACACCGCGUCUCAACAGACCCGACAGAGCUCUGAGCCUGUAUUUCCCAGCUCAGACAGACCUGAUGAGCCUGUUACCCCCCGUCCUCAAGUGACGGAGUCUCUGGAGGACCAGGUCGCCUCAACUCUUUACUACGUUCGGCCAUACGGACUGGAUCAAUCGACUAACAUGCGAGAAUUAAAUCCAUCUGAUAUGGAUCGCUUGGUUUGUGUCAAGGGACUGGUUAUCCGUGCGACCCCAGUCAUUCCCGACAUGAAGGAGGCUUUCUUCCGUUGCAAUGUGUGCAACCACUCAAUCAACGUGUCGAUUGAGCGUGGCAAAAUUCGCGAACCGACUGAAUGCCCACGAGACCUUUGCAAGUCCAAGAACUCGAUGCAAAUCAUCCACAACAGAUGUCAUUUCGAGGACAAGCAAGUCAUCAAGCUUCAAGAGACCCCCGAUGCAGUCCCUGCAGGUCAGACACCUCAUUCCGUCUCUAUUGUCGCAUACAACGACCUGGUGGACUUCUGCAAGGCUGGUGACCGUAUUCAGGUGACUGGAAUUUUCCGAGUCAAUCCUGUGCGAGUUAACCCUCGCCAACGAGCACUGAAGAGUGUGCACAAGACCUUUGUCGACAUGGUCCAUGUUCAAAAGGUGGACGCCAGGCGUCUGGGCCAGGACCAGAGCACACUCAUGGUCGAUGGUCAGGAGGAGGAGAAGGGCGCCAACAAGCUCGAGGAGACUCGCGUCAUCACACCAGAGGAAGAGGAGAAGAUCCGAGAGACAGCUGCCCGUUCAGAUAUCUACGACCUCCUUUCCCGCUCCCUCGCUCCAUCAAUUUAUGAAAUGGACGAUGUCAAGAAGGGUAUCCUUCUGCAGCUCUUUGGUGGAGCAAACAAAACAUUCGAAAAGGGCGGAAGCCCCAAGUACAGAGGCGACAUCAACGUCCUUCUCUGUGGUGACCCAUCUACCUCGAAAUCCCAAAUGCUCUCCUACGUUCACAAGAUCGCACCUCGUGGUGUCUACACCAGCGGUAAGGGCUCCUCGGCUGUCGGUCUGACGGCAUAUGUCACUCGUGACCCUGAGACCCGCCAGCUCGUGUUGGAGUCUGGAGCUCUGGUAUUGUCUGACGGUGGUGUGUGCUGCAUUGAUGAGUUCGACAAGAUGUCUGACGCGACUCGCUCGGUUCUGCACGAAGUCAUGGAACAACAAACAGUCUCCGUGGCCAAGGCUGGUAUCAUCACCACCCUCAACGCUCGUACCAGCAUUCUGGCGUCUGCCAACCCUAUUGGCAGUCGCUACAACCCUGACCUUUCCGUCCCUCAGAACAUCGAUUUGCCACCAACUCUCCUCUCUCGUUUCGACCUGAUCUAUCUCAUUCUUGAUCGGGUUGAUGAGAAGACAGACAAGCGUCUGGCAAAGCAUCUCUUGUCUCUGUACCUAGAAGACAAGCCCGACUCAGCACCUUCCGAUUCUGACAUCUUAGAUAUAGAGUUCCUCACCCUCUAUAUCUCCUACGCGCGAUCCAACAUUCAGCCUGUCAUUUCUUCAGAAGCUGCACAGCAACUCGUCGAGAACUACGUUGCCAUGCGAGCACUGGGACAGGAUGUCCGUUCCUCGGAGACUCGUAUCACGGCCACUACCCGGCAGCUUGAAAGCAUGAUCCGUCUGUCUGAGGCCCACGCUAAGAUGCGCCUCUCAGAAACCGUCACCAUCGACGACGUCCAAGAGGCCUACCGUCUCAUCCAGAGCGCUCUCAAGACCGCAGCCACCGACUCUCAAGGCCGCAUCGACAUGAGUCUCCUGACAGAAGGAAUCAGCGCCGCAGACCGACAGCGACAGGCUGACAUCAAGGAGGCUCUCAUCAAGCUGCUGGAUGAGAUGACUGCCGGCGGCAACACGGUGCGAUGGAGUGAGGUUGGGAGGAGGCUCAGCGAGGGCUUCAACAUGCCCGUGGAGCAGGCCGACUUCAACGAGGCAAUGCGAGCUCUCGAGGCGGAGAAUGCCAUCAUGGUUUCCGGAGACGGGCCGAGAAGGAGCGUGAGACGGGUCACUGCUAUCGUAUGA